AUGAAAAAAAUUAUCUUCAAUAAUAUUUUAACUAAUAAAUAUAAUGUGAAUUAUAUUCAAAAAAAGUUCUUUUCAGAACAAAUAAUAAUUGACCAUAUUAGAAAAGUCAAAAAUAAACUAGAUAGAGGUUCUCUGUAUUUACUACAAGAAUCUAUUAAUAAUAAUCAUCAAUUUAUAAAAGAAGAAAAGAAAGUAAAACUUCAAAAAGUAAUCAAUGAAUUAAAUAAUUUGUUAACUCAUAAAUCUUAUUUAAUGGAAGAGAAAAUAAAAAUAUUAAAUCAACACAAUUCAAAAGGUUAUAAAAAUAAAGAAAUUAUAGGUUUAUUUGUAACAGGCUUUUUUAUUGCCAUAGGUUCAAUUUCUCACUCCAUUUUUUACUUAGUGAGUAUGUACGGUAUUUAUAUACUACAUCAAGCGUCCAAAGAAAACAAUAGUAUGAUAUAUAUAGAAAAAAAAUUAAAUGAUAAUAAGAAUAAAUUAUUGAAAAAUAAAAAAAAUGUAGAAGACCUUCUAAAUUUACUAGAGAAUGAUUUAAUAACAACAAAAUGA